AUGAAAUGGGAAUACUUUAAGUAAUAUCAAGGCUUGAUAAUUCAAACCAAUUUGUCUCCUACUAUAAAUAAUUUCAGCUAUGCGAAAUUCCAAAUAGCAGUAUAUUUUCUGUAAUUAUCAUAAUUUUUAAUUGAUGAUUCAAAAGAGCAAGUUUUUAGCCUGAUAAAAUCAUUCACAAAAAUAUGCUUGAUAUGUCCAUACUUUAUGAAUAACAAAGAUAUCAACAUUUUAAUAGGCAUUGUAAUAACUGUGCUUAAUUGCCUUCCCUAUAUCAUUAUCACAUAUCGCUUCAUAAUGAAAAGCCAUAAUAGUGUAGAUAGUAUAUCAAAAAGUGUUUUAGAUGUACAUAUUUAGUAUCCUAUUUAGUUAACCACAAUAAUAAUAAAUAACUAUUUUCUAAAUUUCACUUGGUUAUUUUAUGUAUCACAACUCUACUAUAUUUGUUGGAACUUAUUAAAUGUAAGUGAUCCAUUCUUAUUAUUGCUUUCAAUUAUUAAUUUAUUGAUUGCUUUGGGUAGCCUACUAAUUUCAAAUAUCUAUUUUAUAAAUUAUGAAUUCUUUUAGUAAAGCUUAAGAAAAUACUUUAAUUACAUCAAUAUAAUAGCUUAAUUACUAUUGAUUCCUCUAAUUUUUAUGUCAAUAAGAAAUUAAUUUAUAUUUGUAUUGGUAUCCAAAAUUAUUUUUGGAUUGUUCAUUUGUAUGUUAAUUGGAGAGGCAAUCAUUGAAUAUCCUUUUGGGUAAUCUAUAUAAUUCUAAACAUAAUAGAUUUUCAGCUUAUGCAAAACUAUAUAAUAAGGGAUUAACAACAUUCACAAUUGUAUAUCUUAUAACAACGAUCUAGAAAGCAUUUUCAAUAAAUUCAUAUUCAUGUAUUGUUAUAUUUUUAAUAUUGUUACCUGUUUCAUAGCAUUUAACAUCAGCUUUAAUAGAGAUGAAAAGAUAAACUGUUUAUUAGACAAUAUCAAAACAAAAUCAAUAUUUUGAAUUAUUGUAUAUUGAAAAUAUGUUUGAAUUGAAUGGUGAAGCUUAAAAGUGUAAGUAAAAAGAGAUAGAAUAUAUAACUAAAUUUUGUAUGCAUCAUUCUCAUUGCAGAUAAAAUAAAUGUUAAUGUAAAAAAAUUGGAUUUGAAAAGAUAAUUAAACUUGAUUAAACUGUUAUUUUUGUAUCAUGUUUGUUUAAAAGAAGUUUUGAUAAACACAAAUCUACUGUAUAAAAAAGAAUUGGUGAUUUUGAAGUUCUAUCAUUGAAAUUUUUAACUUUCAUCAAUAAAUUUAAAAGAAAUGGUCCUAAAACUUAUUAAGAACUCAAAGUUCUAUUUUAAAAAUAAAGAGAAUAUUCAUUCUAUUUUAUUUAAAUGUGCUUAUUUCUGUAAUUCAUAAUAUAGGCUCAAAUGUAAAAGGAUGAAGAUUAUAACAUAAAUUCAGAAUCUAGAAGUAGAAUAUCAAAUGUGAAAUUGUAAGUGAGUAAAAGUGAAAGAAGUAUAGUAUAAAAUCUAUAUUAAAUGGAAUAAGUCAAAUAAAAUAUGUUACCUUUAUUAAUCUAAGUAAUAAAUAUGUAAAAAUUAUUAGAUCUGUUAAUUUAAAUCUGGUUUUUGGAAGUAAAUUUAGGAAGGGAAAAUAGCAACAUUUAUUGAAAUAGAAAAAUAAUUGUAAUAACUAUAAAUAUUACAAUAAUAAAUAACUAAAGAAUAUAAUAGAUAUUGUUCAAUAUUUUUUGUUAAUGGUAGAACCUAUAAUGUUUAAUUCUUAAAAUUUGAUGCUCUUAUCUAAUUGAUUUUAUAUAACAAUGCUAGAGCAUAUUAUGAUAUGGAAAAAGGUAAUAUAAAAAUAAAAUAAUUAGAUUGUAAGGAAAUUUUAGCAUAUGAAAGAAGUAUGAGUACUUUUGAAAUUACUAACAUUAAUUUCUUUAAAGGAGAUGCCAUUUCAGUUAAAGUAUGUAUAGCAUUUGGACCAAAUAUUGGGAAGGUUAGGAAUAAAGUUAUUUCACCUUUGAUUCCUAGAUUUUUUGGAUUUGCAGAUAUGGCUUCAUUUAUAGAUUAUACAAAAGGUAAUAUAAAUCCACUCAUGCCUAAUUGGCUUUUAGGUGUACAUGAUGAAAUGAUGCAAAAUUAUAUUAGAAGAGGAUCAACUUAAAGAAUUGGAAAAUAUUUUUAAACAUUUGCUAAAUUAUGUGAUCAAACAUUAAUUAGAUGUUAAGUUUAUUUAGCUCAUAAUUUCAGUCCAGAUUUAGAAGCUGAUUUUUCAAUGAUUGGAUGUUUGAAAAGAUUAGAAUAAGAUGAAAUAGAUCCUAAAGAUGAAUCUAAACGAUUGAGAAAUCUUAUAUUCAAAGGAUAAUAACAUGUUUUAUUUGAUAUUUAUGGAAAUUUAAUGGGAAUUACAUAAGGAUUAUAUAAAAUGAUAGAUCGUAUGUAAAGAAAGCUUAAAGAUAAUAAUAAUAAUAAUAAUAAUAAAUAAGAUGAAGUUAAAUAAAAAUCUUUUGAAAAUGAUGAAUCUUCUGAAGAUUCAGAUUCUGAAGUGUAUUUAUAAAUAUUAUUAAUAUUAGUUUCGAUGUUUAUGAAAUUAAAUGGUCAAAUUAGCCUCUAACAAUAGAGGACUUUUACUUAAAAGUAUUAAUUUGGAUGUUAUUUCCAUUUAUAACUGCUGAAAUAGAGUAAACAGGAAUAGAAUAUUUAAUGAAUGGUUAAAUACCUCCUAAAGGAAAGUAUCCAAAUCCAAUUGAUCUUGAGAGUAGUAAUACAGUAGUUUCAAACAAGGAGACAUAUAUGUUUAUACCAGAAGAUAUUAAUUUGUUUGUUUAAUAAUAUAACAAAGUUUUAGGAAAGAUUAAUGAAGAUGAGAAAAUUUAGACAUCCAACUUUUCAUUAAGUGGAAAAAGGGCUUAAUAUAUUGAAUCUGAAUCAAUUAAUGCCAAAUAAUAGGUUACUGUAUUUAAUGAGAAAUUAUGUUCUUUCUUUUUUGAGGAAUUCUUGAGGAAACAUUAAUAAUUAGUUUUAGGCAAUUUUUCAAGGUAAGAUAUGAGAAUGUCUAAUCUUAAUUAAAUGACUACUACAAUUUAGAAUUCUGAAAAAGUAGAUUCAUCUUCUGAAAGUGAAGGAUAAUUAAAAACUAGAGCAGAAUAAAUGUAUUAUGAUAAAUUUUAGAAUUAUAUAUAAAGAAUUACAACUUAAGAUUUUAAUCCUAUUCCUGUUAUUUAUUCUAUUAAUUAUGAAGAAUUUAGGUAUAAAAAAAAUGAAAUAGAAAAUAAAGUUUAAAUGUUUGUUAUUGAAUUAACUGUAAAUGAAUAAUAAUUAGCAAGUAUGGAGAAAGGAUAUCGUAAAUAAUUAAGAGAUACAUUAAAGUAAAUGUAAGCAUAAAUGAAGUAAGAGAAAACUGAAAAUUUAAAUAGAGGAUCUACUAAUGUAAAAUAAUCUUAAAAUUAAUCUUAAAUUGAAGUUAUUUCAGAAGAUUCUAUGAGUUUAUAAGGUAAUUUUAGUGAAAAAGUUGAACAAGAUGAUUAAAUAUCUUUAUAUAAAUUUUUGAGUCACCCAUCAAAAAUAGAGGAAUAUUGUUUUAGUGACCAAAACAUACUUACUGAUUAAUGUAUUCUUACAUCUGCUAAAGAAGAAUAAAAUAAAUUACUAUUAACAAAUAGAAAAAGUCUAUAAUUACUUGAAUAUGGGAUAUACAGUGCUAAAAGUAAUGGAACUGAAAAUCAAUUUGAAUAAUAGAGUAAAAACAAUUUUCUAAAAGCUUCAGAGAAGGAAGCAGCAAGCAAAGUUGUUUUAAAAUUAUCUUAAAAAAGUAGAUAACAAAAGUUUUACAAUGAAUUAGAAUAAAAAGUUAUUUAAAGUAAUUAAGAUAAAGAGAGAGAAAAAGUAGAGAAUGAGGAUUCAUAUCUAAUUUAACUUAAGAAUUUUGAUGAAAAUUACAAAGCUAUAAAUUAAAAAAUUAACGAAUUCUAAUACCCUAAUUCAUAUAAAUUUUAAAAUUAUAUUCUAUUUGCUACUCUACUCUUAGUAAUUGUUUAUAUUUUACUUGUUUCUAUUGCAGUUUGGAAUUAAUAUGAUUAUGGAGAUUGUAUGAGUUUAAUAUAAAUAUUACUAAAAUUUCAAAAAACAUAUUCAUUAAUUACACAUGGAUUAUUUCGAAUUUAAUAUUCAUAUGACUUUAAUAUAACAAAUUUUGAUUAAUUGCAUGUAUUUUAUGAUAAAUAAAUAUUCUAAGAAGUUGAUUAGUUGAUUAAUUUUAGUAAUACUCAAAAGAAUACUAUAAAUGACAUUGAUAUUUAAUUAUCUAUAUUUUAUGACAUUGACAAUAGUACUAAACUUAAUUUAUCCAUUACUGAAACUAUUUAAAAAUCUUUAGCUCAAUUUUAUAAGGUUGUUGAAAAUAAAGUUACAACUGAUUAUGAAUUACAAAUUCAAUUUAUAUAAUCUAGUGUGGCAAAUUUAAAAGAAAUUGGAUAACUUCCUUAAUUGGCUUUUGAUUCAUGUUAUGAUACUAAAAUUGAUAAAGAAAGAUAUUAUUAAUAGUUAUUAAUAAUCUUUAUGGUAAUUAUAUUUUUAUUAGUAUUAAUUUUAUAAUCCUCAUAAAUUCCUAUGAUUUCAACAUUAGGGAAAUAUAAAAAAAAACUUUAUAUGGCAUUAUUAGAUAUUAAUUAAUUAUAAUUUGCUUAGGAAUAAGAAUCUUUUGAUGCCCUUGCAUCUACUCUUAAAAAAUCAGUUUAUGAUUGGAUGAUGAUAGAUUUCAUUGUUGAAGGGAAAAUAUUUGAUAUUGAACCAUUAUAUUUAAAUGGUUUUUCUUCAGAUAAUGCUUCAACUAAUUAUAUUGAUAAUUAAAAUAGAACUAAAUAAGAGAAAAAUAAAUUAAUUAAAAAAUUAAAAGGUUCCAAUAUCCAACAAAUUAGAUAUAUAAUCCUAUUAAUUAUAGACUUAGUAGUGAUAAUGUCAUACUUUUUGGUGAUAUUUCUUAUUAUCUUUAUAUUGACUGAUUAAUUAUUAUCAGGAUUAGAAUUACUCUUUAAAUAUUAGACUUUAUAAUCAUCAUUUAUUAAUGUAUUGAAUAAUGCUGAUUUAGUGGCAUAUAAAUCUUUAUCAAAUUCAUCCUUAUAUUAUAAUAUAAUAUCACAAUCUGAAUUUUUAAAUUACUCUUAAGUUCUUCAAGGAACUGAAUAAGACUUCUUUCUUCAGUAUGAUAAUAAUAUUAUAGUUUCAUUAACAGACGAAAAUAUUAAUUAAAAAAUAGAAUUUAUGAAUUAACAAAGCAUUUGUAACACUCAAUAUGCUCUGGAUUGUCAAUCAACAUUAGUUGGAAUUUAUAAUGAAUAAAUUUUAGCAUAUUAUUAAUAGGGUCUUAAAUCUUUAUUUGUUUAAGUUUAUAAAAUUAUUCAAUAAUAUCCAUAAUUUUAUUAAGGAAAUUAAAUUAAUAAUAGUCUAACUGAUUUUAGUAAUUUCGUAGAAACUUCCGAUCAUAUAGCCUAUUUAGAUUAUGGAACUGAUCUAAUUAUUACAGCUUAUUCAUCAAUAGUUGAUAUGGCAUAAGAGUAAUUUGAUAUACAGAUCUCAAAAUAUUAGCAAACUUUAAUUAUUUUCAUUUUAAGUAUUGGGAUUUUAGGACUCAUAAUUAAAGCUUUUUUAGGAAGAAUGUUAAUGAGAAUGUAGAAAUAAUCAAUUGACACUUGUUAAGCAUCAUUAUUACUAUUAUCACCAAGAAGAUAUACAUAAAAGUCUAUUGCUAAAUUAAUUACAUAAAUAAUUUGA